AUGUCUGACUUCUCAAGCUUGACGGGCAAAUUUCGAAUCCACAAGGAACCGCCCCACAAGCCACCAGGCAAAGUCACUAAACGGCCCCGAGAAUCAUUGUCCUGCAACCAAUGCAAGAGUGCCAAACUCCGCUGCAAUCGGCGACAGCCAUGUAGCUCAUGUGCCCGAAAGGAUGAGCCUGCGCUAUGCUCCUAUCAACGAACCUCGCCGGGCAGCAGCCACUCAGCCUCGGCGGAAGACCGACUUGCUCACCUGGAAUCCCUAGUUAAGGAUCUGAUGCAGAAUCCAAACCUCGGACGAUCUGGAAACAACACUGUGGGAGACCAGUCAUUGAAAGACCCAAGAGUGGCCGAUCAGAAUUUAGAUGAAGGUAGAUAUGUUGGCUCCACUCAUUGGUCUGCCAUCCUGGAUGAUAUCCAGGAGCUCAAGACAGCCGUGGCCCGCCGAGAGCAUACUCCAGAGCCUAGCCCAGAAACUCUAUCACCACCACCUGGUUCUAACAAAGAAAUGCUUAUUUUCGGAUUGCCGAGUGAUUACCCACUGGAGCAGGUUAUGGACCAGCACCUCCCCUCCAAGGUGGAGGUUGACCGAUUGGUUGCAAUAUACUUUCAAGGAGAAAGCUUCAUCAUCCCAUUCAUUCAUACACUGCAAUUCCAACGCCAGUAUCGCGCCUUCUGGGAUGACCCCAAACAUGUUAGUCCGCUAUGGCUCUCCAUGCUGUUCUCGAUUUGCUCGGUGUCCACCUUGAUUCGUGGCACCGUGGGCAUCUCCCCGACCUCAAAGGAAGAUGUUAUUGCGGAGGCAUGCCAACUUCUCGAGGCGUCUGGGAAAUGCUUGGUUCGAGGUGAAUAUUAUCGCCCCCAGCCACUAGUACUCGAGGCAUUGAUCAUGUAUGCUCAAUGCAAAAAUAUGCAAUCCCUCGACCCGUCCCGAGAAGCUGGUGCAAUCUUUGGAAUGGUCGUUCGCAUGGCUCAUGAGAUGGGUUAUCACAGGGACCCGGACUCGCUGGGGUCAUUCUCACCAUUCGAGGGUGAGAUGAGGCGGCGCCUGUGGGCUCUGUGCAAGCAGGUGGACCUGAUGGUAUCCUUUCAGCUCGGCCUUCCCAGCAAUAUCUGUCUAGAGAACUGUGAUACCAAAUCUCCCCGGAACUUGACCGACUCAGACUUUGAUGUCGACACGAAGGUUCUUCCGCCGUCACGCUCGGAAGACCAGCCCAUUGGACUACUGUGGUUCAUUGUCAAGGAUCGACAGAUGGUCAGCUUCUACAAGGUGUGUCGUGACGCUUUGAGCUUUCACGAAAAGUCCCAUACAGAAAUUCAGCAACUGGAUAGUGAGAUUCGACGGAUGUAUACAACCAUCCCAAGCGUUCUGCGAACUCGACCGCUGGCCGAGUCUCUUACUGACCCUCCAUUUUUAAUCAUGACCCGGAUCUAUGUCGAGUUCAUUUACCUAAAGAGUCUUUGUGUCUUUCAUCGCAAGUACAUGACCCGAGGCAACCGGCUCAGUACCGAAUCCUGCAUGGAAGCUGGCCAAAGGCUGGUCCGUCAGUUUAUCGAGAUAUACAGCGAGCUCUCACCCGGUGGCCAGUUGUAUGGUCAUCGUUGGAUGCUGACCAACUUCACUAUGAAUGAUUUUCUUCUGGGUGUGAUGGUGCUCUGCCUGGUAGUUCAUAUCCACCGACGGGGGCCGGAAUCUUCAGUUAUCAAACCACAAACCGAAGAGACCAUUCGGCCCUUGCUCAAGCAAGCGCAUGCAAUUUGCGUGGAGAAAUCUUCGGCAAGUCGGGAUGCUAGAUAUGUUUCACGGGCCAUCACGGCUCUUUUGGAUGGACCGGUGACCAGAGUCGGGGCGCCCGCUCUUCCUGUGGACCAACAGACUUACAGCACAAUGGAUGGAACUUCUCUGGGCUGGUUAGAUCCAUUUUACAUUGAGGAUAAUGAGGGUUUAGACUGGGGGCUGCUUGAUUCGCUCCUUUCGAACCAGCCGGAAGAGGAAGAGAGUGGAUAG